CUCAGUUCUUUUCUCACGCAUCUUGCCGCACCUACCAGCAACAAACACAAAGAGGAAGAAGAAGCAACUAGCUAGCCAGCCGGCGAUCCAUCGAAAUGGCACCCAACUUCGGCCGGUCCAUCUCCUUCCCUCUCACCCCGGCGAGGUCCUUCUCAAAGUCGUCCCGCCACGUCCGCUCCGUCAGCCUCCCCGGCACCACCUCCUCCCACCCGCUCCUCGCCAACCUCCACGCCCACAUCGCCGCCGUCCGUUCCUGGAUCCAGGACACGGCCUCCCUCCAGGCCGGCCUCGCCAACAUCCACGCGCUCCACGCCGCGCUCGCCGACCUCCUCCUCCUCCCAGCGUCCGUGGCCGCGCUUCGGUGCACCACCAGCAACACCGGCGACCGCCUCCUUGACGCCUUCCUCCUCCUCGCGGACGCGCACCAGGGCUUCCAGGAGUGCCUCCUAGAGCUCAGGCAGGCCGCCGCCGAGUCCCGCACUGCACUCCGCAGAGGGGACGCGGGCAGGCUCGCGUCCGCCUCCAGUUCCCAGCGCAGAGCAGAGAAGGACCUCGCGCGCCUCGCCGCGUCGGUCUCCGCCGUCUCCACCAAAUGCGCGCGCCUGAACCUCGUCGCCGUUAGCGGCGAGGAGGCCGAGAUGGCCUAUGCUCUUGUGGAGGCGGCCGCUGCCAGCGCUGCGGCCUCCGCGGCCGUGUUCUCGGCCGCCGCGUCCAUGUCGUCUGCGGUGUCGUCUUGCAAGAAGACGGCCACGUUUAUUCCUGCGUUCGCAAGGAAGUCCACCGCCCCCGAGUCGGCGGAGGCGACCGUGGAGAGGCUGCACGCGCUGGAGCAGUGCUUCGACGAGUGCGACGGCGCCUGCGACAUGGUGUUCAGGAGCGUGGUGCAGACCAGAGUUUCACUGCUCAACAUCAUGACGCCCACCAUCUAGUCAGCUAGCUAGUCAUGUCAUGUAUACAUAGAAGAAAAAGAAGAAGAACAUAAUUAGCUAAACCAUGUAUGUUUUGCUGAUUAAUUUGUCACUACACAGCGCGU